CCUCGCUGCUCCAUCUUUCACUACCACAACCAUCCCUCCACUCGAUAGGUAGCGCCUCUGCGCUACUAACCGCACCCACCAUGGACUACGAGAUGGAUAUUGAGCCCACCGGGCCCCAAGUCACUGUCCGCGAAGCCGAACCUACCCGCGUUGACUUCAAACUCACCUCCGUCGACCUCGCCUUCGCCAACUCCCUCCGCCGAGUAAUGCUCGCCGAAAUCCCCACGAUGGCCAUCGAUCUCGUUGAAGUGGAAAAGAACACCUCCGUACUGCCCGACGAAUUUCUCGCCCACCGUCUAGGCCUUAUUCCCCUGAUCAGCAAAAACUGCGACCAAGACGUCGAGUACACGCGCGACUGCGAAUGCGAGGACCACUGCGCGCGCUGCUCUGUAACCCUGUCGCUGCAUGCGCGGUGCACAGGCGACGAUAUUAUGCGGGUGUAUGCGCGCGAUCUCGUGGUUUCAGGAGAACGGGCGAACGAGUGGGUGGGAAACCCGGUGAUUUUGGAUCCUGAGGGAAACGGACCCUUGAUUUGUAAAUUGAGACGCGGUCAGGAGUUGAAGAUGACGUGUAUUGCGAAGAAGGGCAUUGCGAAGGAACAUGCGAAGUGGAUGCCUACGUCGGCGAUUGGGUUUGAAUACGAUCCGCAUAACAAUUUGAGACAUGUGGAUUACUGGUAUGAGGAGGAUGCGGCGAAGGAAUGGCCCGUCUCAGCCAACGCAGGAUGGGAACAGCCCGUUCCCCCAGACCAACCAUUCGACUACGACGCCCAGCCCAACAGCUUCUACAUUGACGUAGAGAGCAUCGGCACCCUAGAGCCGGACAUGAUCAUCCAGCAAGGAAUCACAGUGUUGCAACGGAAACUCGCCUCCGUGAUCUCCUCGUUAUCAGGCACCGAAGGCGCAGACCGCAAUGGCGUCAUGGGCGGCGACGAUGAAGAUAUGAUGGGUGUGCGCAGUCCGGAUGCCUACGAACCCCCCGAGGGUAUGGACGGUGGCUUCACGGCGUAUGCGAACGGUGGUGGCGCUAGCGCAUGGGGUCCUAGUGCUACGACGCCGUAUGGAGUUACGCCGUAUGGGGGUGGAUAUGGGUUCUAAGGUGGACUCGGUCGUCGCAUCUUACCUUCUCACCUGGCAAGGAAAGAAGAGGGGCGAUGCUUCUACCUUUUCUCCCAUUUCUGAAUUCACCAUGAAAAAACUGGGGAAAUACAAAAA